AUGAAGACAGUUAUUGGAUUGUCUCCUUUCCAAAUGGUCUAUGGAAAGGCAUGUCACCUGCCGGUGGAGAUGGAACAUAGAGCUCUGUGGGUCUUAAAAUUUUUGAAUUUUGAUCCUGGUGGCACUGUAGAAAAAAGAAGGAGGCAAAUUAUUGAGCUAGAGGAGAUGAGGCUACACGCCUAUGAUUCUUCUAAAAAUUACAAAGAAAAGUUGAAGUCCAAGUGGUCUAGCCCAUUCAUAAUCAAGAGUGCCCUCCCUCAUGGGGUGAUAGAGUUAAUAGACCCAGCCGCCGAAGAUCCACAGAGAAGCUGGGUGGUCAAUGGACACCGCCUCAAGCAUUACUUGGGUGGUCACGUGGAACGCCUCUCCACAAUUAUGAAGCUGCUUGAUGCAACAUGA